AAAGGGGAAAAAUCCAAGUGAUAAGGACCUUUAUAGAAAAAUAGAAAGAAAAAAGAGUAAAUAUGACAAUUAAUUAAUCCUAAGAACUACUUUUGUAAACUACUUAAAAUAAGUCACGAUGCUCGACGAACUGGUAAAACCUUAUUGCCUGACUGCGUUGCAAAGCGAAGGAUCGGUAGGGUUUUUUUUUUCGCCGGAGUUUCUCGCCGGAGAUGGAGAUAAUGGAGGCAUCUUCACAUCCUUCCCCUGCUCCCGCUGCAAUUAGUCCACAACGCCAUUUCUAUCUCGCCGUCGACAGAAUCCAGUUUAAGAUGGAGACAUUGGUGGAUCUAUUAGAAAUGGCAGGGCGUCGUCCAUGGCUGCCAAUGGUGGUUUGUUGCAGCACACGAGAUGAGCUUGAUGCUGUUUGUUCUUCCAUUUCCAACAUCUCCUACAUCUCUGUUACACCUCUGUAUAGUGACCUUGCUGAAGCUGAACGUGCAUUGAUUCUAGAUAAAUUUCGCUAUGCAACAACAAAAUGGAAGCAAAAUUCAGCAGCCAUUCAAUCUGGAGAUGAAAAGGAAGAACAGAAAUCUCAUAUGAUUGUUGCAACUGAUGCUUGUCUUCCUCUUCUUGCUUCAGGAGAAUCAUCCAUCAGUUCUAGUGUUCUUAUAAACUAUGAACUCCCAUCAAAAAAGGAAUCAUAUAUGAGGCGAAUGACAACUUGUUUGGCUACAGAUGGGAUUGUGAUUAACAUGGUUGUUGGGGGAGAAGUGGUGACUCUUAAAACCAUUGAGGAAAGCAGCAAUCUUGUGAUUGCAGAAAUGCCGAUAAAUAUUUUUGAAAUGUUCUAAAGACAUUUUUUGGAGGUUUCUUUCAAGUAAAUGAGUAAUCAGGAAUUUUAGAUAUCGGUCCCUUAAUAUGAUUAAGUAUGAUUACAAUUUACAAGAACUAUUUUGUUAAAACAAUAAUAUGUGAUUUUUAAGUAAAGUUUUCUUAUUAGACUUUUGAGACGUUUGAUUUGUUUAUUUUGUAGUUAUUUUUUUUCUAGUUUAAUUGUUUGAUAUGAUGUUAAUAAAAUAAAGUUGAAAUUAA